AUGGAGACGUUUACUAUAGGAGAAGACAAAGUCCCUAGGCUCUUCGUCGGGUUAUGGCAGCUAUCAAGCCCGGCAUGGGGUUCAGCCCCGCGGUCCAAGAUCAUGGCCGAAUUCCAGAAAUACGUCGAUGCGGGUUUCACGGCUUUUGACAUGGCGGAUCACUAUGGUGAUGCAGAGCUUCUCUUUGGCCGCUUCAAGUCUUCCUAUACUGGAUCAAAGACCAUUUUCUGUUCCACAAAGUACUGUGUGUUCGAGUCAACCCCGCAAACAGAACAGGCUCUCCGGGAAGCGAUAUCGCGCAGAUUAAGCAACAUCAAAUCAGACAAAAUCGAUUUGUUACAGUACCAUUGGCAUGAUUAUGGCGAUCCGCAAUACAUUCCGGCCCUCCGGAUCAUGCAAGCGGACCCUCGCGUCAGCAACCUGGGGCUGUGCAAUUUUGACACCAAAAGGAUGAAAGAGGCCAUUGAUGCGGGGAUCAACUUCGCAACAAACCAGGUCCAGAGACCUACUUCAUUUAGUGUGGCGGCUUCCUGUCCUAGAAAUGGCUCGGUAAACCCGCUCCUGAAGCUUUCAGCGAAGGGAAUGACCCCAAGCCUUAGAAAAUACCUGGAAAUGAUCACGAUAUGGGGCGGCUGGCCUCUGUUCCAAACCCUUCUAAACACUCUCUCCGCGAUCGCUGCCAAGCACUCCGUCUCAAUAACCACCGUCGCUGUACGUUGGGUCCUUGACUUCCCGUAUGUAGGCGCGGUCUUGGUAGGGGCUCGAAUGGGUGUAAGUGAACACAUCGAGGCAAACUUGGCGGUGUAUGGAUGGUCUUUGGACGAUGAGGACCAGGGAAAGAUCGAGGAGAUCUUGAAAAUGAGUCGCAGGGACGAUGUGUUUACCGAUAUGGGGGAUUGUGGUUCAGAGUAUAGAUGA